UGCUUUUCCUCUCCACAAAGCUCUUUAAACAGCUGCAAAGGGGGAGGGACCACUAUGCUUAUGAAAACUCCACUUUGCAGAAUGCUUCUGCCAGGUCCUACUGUCUGUCUCUUUCCAGGGAUUUAAUACCUCCAAGAUUCAGGUUUGCUUUUACAUCUCUUCCUUGUGCAACCCUGACAACAGAGCCUACUGCCAGCUGUCUUAAUUGAAGAACAAUAAUCCAGCUCUUCUUUUUAUUGCCAUGAGGAAUACAUACACCCUCUUUCUCUUUGUAGUGGGCUCCUAUUAUUUUAACGGAAGCACCGCAGCAGAUGCUGAAGAAAAGCUAAUGAACCACCUACUGAGUCCUGACAGGUACAAUAAGUUAAUUCGCCCAGCUGUCAACUCGUCCCAGUUGGUAUCUAUAGAACUGCAGGUUUCCUUGGCACAGCUCAUCAGUGUGAAUGAACGGGAGCAGAUCAUGACUACAAAUGUCUGGCUGAACCAGGAGUGGAUUGAUUAUCGUUUGGCUUGGAAGCCCUCUGACUAUGAAGGAAUAAAUACGCUGAGAAUACCUGCAAAACACAUCUGGCUGCCAGACAUUGUGCUUUACAAUAAUGCCGAUGGCACAUACGAAGUUUCACUGUACACAAAUGUAAUCGUACAGAAUAAUGGAAGCAUUCGCUGGUUGCCUCCAGCCAUUUACAAGAGUGCCUGCAAGAUCGAGGUUAAGCAUUUCCCAUUUGAUCAACAAAACUGCACCUUAAAGUUCCGGUCUUGGACAUAUGAUCAUACAGAAAUUGAUAUGGUACUAAAAACUUCCAUGGCAAGCAUGGAUGACUUCACACCCAGUGGAGAAUGGGACAUUGUAGCACUCCCAGGAAGAAGGACUGUAAAUCCUUUGGAUCCCAAUUAUGUCGAUGUGACAUAUGACUUCAUUAUUAAAAGGAAACCUCUUUUCUAUACCAUCAAUCUUAUCAUUCCCUGUGUGCUAAUUACUUCCUUAGCCAUCCUGGUGUUCUACUUGCCUUCAGACUGUGGUGAAAAAAUGACCUUAUGCAUAUCUGUGUUGCUUGCCUUGACUGUGUUCUUACUGCUGAUCUCCAAAAUUGUCCCUCCAACAUCUCUGGAUGUUCCGCUGAUCGGGAAGUAUCUCAUGUUUACAAUGGUACUAGUCACCUUCUCAAUAGUUACCAGUGUCUGUGUACUCAAUGUCCACCACAGAUCUCCAAGCACUCACACUAUGCCUCCUUGGGUAAAGCUGGUUUUCCUUGAAAGACUCCCAGCCUAUCUGUUCAUGAAGCGUCCAGAAAAUAAUUCUCCACGGCAAAAGCUGUGCAACUGCAAAAAGAUGAGAGCAGAGAAUCUUUCCAUAGACCCAGCCAUCUUGUACAAGAACUCUACUUACUUUGUGAACACAGCUUCUGCCAAAAAAUAUGAUAUGAAAAUCACUGAGACUCUUGACAAUGUCAGCAACCAUCAAGAUUUCAGGUUAAGAACAGGCAUGAAAUUUUCUCCUGAAGUCCAAGAAGCAAUUGAUGGAGUCAGUUUUAUAGCAGAGCACAUGAAAAGUGAUGACAACGACCAAAGUGUCAUUGAAGAUUGGAAGUAUGUUGCCAUGGUAGUGGACAGGCUGUUUCUCUGGAUAUUCGUCCUUGUUUGUGUCCUUGGGACUGUUGGAUUAUUUCUGCAGCCACUUUUUCAAAACCACAUUGCUGCCGUGAACCCUUAGUUGUCAUUUAAAACUGUCAAUGCCUACAUAGAUGCUGGGUCUCUUUUUGCUCUGUUUCCCCUCUGUUAAAUCCGGACUGAUGUCAGCUGAGUUGCUCUCACAUCAGAUUUAUGGUAGGGAUGUGGAAAGUAGAACUUGACUUGCUAGAUUAUUGUGAUAGGAAAAAAUCCAAAAACAUUUCUUUUUUUCCAACAAGUUCAGGACUUCUGGUGGUAUCUUGGCCCUUUUGUCAAUUGUUUGACGUCUGAACAUUACAGAGAAAGGCAUUUACUGUACAAUAUGCCAGCUUGGCUCACAAGGAUUAUUUAUUAAAAGGUAUUUUAUAUACAUUGCUUCAGGAAAGCCAUUUUCUUUCCUUAGAAUACUGCACUUUCCAUACUUCAAAGAAGGUAUUUAGUUCUUUCAAAUGCAUCAAAACUAUUUGUGUCUGAUUUAUAAAGAGCUCGACAGGUGGAAUCACUGUUUAGCUGCUUUGAGUGUGAUAUUUAAGACUGAACAGAGAAACAGAGCCAUACCUCUGAGGUAACCACUAACAGGUUUCUCACCUUGCCAUUUCUGCUACUAGAUCAAUCAGCAGAGGCCAAAUUAACAUAUUGUUAACAAACGUUUAUAUGCUCUGUUCAA